UUCUUUUCUUUUUCUUUUUAUUUAAAAAAACACUAGUGAAGUUUGACAAAUGAUACAUUACCUAUUUUGUCCACAAUCCAUCCAAACCAAAGUGCUCCCUUCCCUAAAAAAAUAUCUUCCCCAGGUCUCUUCCCUACCUUGAAAAGUCCAAUGAACAAAAACUAAAGGCCCGCCCCUACCACCUCCGAUCACCGGAUGACACCUCCGGUGGCCGGAAUCUCUCGCAACAGAUCCCAACCCUACCCUUAAUCCUCGAUCAAACUAACAGCCAAUGGAUUCCGCCGAGACCACCGAGGAGGAGGAGAGCAAGGAUCAUCGCAACUCGUGGUUGCGUCGCUCCCUGUCCCUUGUCUUCUCUCUCAUAGCCUUUUUGUCGUUCUCGUUUGUUCUAGGGUUUGUAGCUGUUUUCGUCGGGAGCACAGCUAUUUCCAACCCGAUCUCUGUUCCCUCCCAAUGCAAGAUAGUAUCAAGCAGUGUGGAUCUUAGGUCAUCUAAGGUGUGUGAACUUGGGCUGCUCAAUUAUAAAGCAAAGCAUGUGUUAUACCCUUUUGAACGGAAGAAAUUUCGCUGUCGUCAUGAUUACUAUUGGGCUUCUAUAUUCAAGGUCGAAUACAAAGAUCGUUCUGGCGAGACACGGGUUUCACUUGCAGAAGCUCCAAAUGAGGCCCUUCCCCUUGACUGCAGGCCUAACUUUGGUGUUGCAUGGUUAACAAAAGAUACAUUCAAGGUGAAUGAAACUUAUGAAUGCUGGUACACAUUUGGCCUUUCCAAAGUGUACAUCUAUCAUAAUAGUUUCUUCAAUUGCCAUGCCAAAAAUCCUUCUACGGUUGAGAUGCUCAGACGGUUCUUUAUCCUGUCUCCUAGGAUAUUAGAAUCCUGGUUUACCAGCAGGAGGUCUUGGUUCAAAAAGUGGGAAGCAAUAGCUGGUGCUGUAGCUGGUUUUUCAACUUCCUUGAUCUCCUUAAGCUUGAUUAGAUUUCUCCAACAACUGAAGUCUUGUUUGCCUCAAAUCUGUGGAGUCAGGAUGCUGACCCGCUUGAAGCAGGUGUCUUUGUUUGUGGCGUACUUCUCAUUUGUGGGUUGGUUGGCGAUCCAGUAUGGGAAAAAGCUCGGCCUCCCAGAGAUUUUCAGAGUACCCUAAUACAAGGUAGCACUCGUCGUAACUUUAUUUGGCAAAGAGUGUUUCUGGGUAGGUGUUCUGUUGUACUUAAUCAUACAUAGUCAAGUGUGAAAACUGUUUUAUGUAUUGGGAACUUAUGAAGUAGAAUCCUGGGAGAUUGGUGAAGUGCCCAGGGAAGUGCAGAGAUUUGUAAGCUUAGGAGGGCAAGCUGGUCAUGAAGUCAGCAACUUUGUUGUACAUGUGAAACAGAAUACUGGGGAAGAUCUAUUUUUGGCUCUCUUAGCCUCGACAAAA